AUGAUGAAAACAACACAAACACCACUCAAUAAAGAAGAAUAAAGGCGCUUAAAUCAGAUAGUUCAAUAACUACUAGACUCAAAUGACAGUGUGGAAUUCAGACAACCAGUAGAUUACAAGGCAUUAAAUUUACAUGACUAUAUUACUAUUGUUAAAAAGCCAAUGGAUCUUGGGACUGUUUAAAGGAAAUUAAAUAGCAAUACAUACAAAACAGUGGAGGAAUGUUUGGAUGAUAUCCAAUUAAUUUGGGAUAAUUGCAAAUUGUAUAAUGGUUCAUAGAGCGUAUAUAUUAUUACAAAUAAUAAAGUGGAUUACUAAGUUGGCAGAGAAAUUAGAGAGAUUGUUUAAGAAAAAUGUUAGAAACUAUUUACCUCUUGUGAAUCUACCACAAUUGGUGCCUAAAUAUAAAGAUGCAGGAGCAGAUGUAUUCUAGGAGGAACCUUAGGAUUAAGUGAGUUACAAUGAUAAAGUUGAAUUUUCUAAUAAUCUCAAACAAUUGGCAGCUGAAUAAAUUGGUCUGAUAGUGCAUAUGAUUUAGAAUACAUCUCCAAAUGCAUUCGUUGAAAUAGAAGGAGAAAAAUAUUAAAUCAUAGUAGACUACAUUGAAUACGAAGCAUUUGUUAAAUGUUAAAAGUAAAUACAAACCUGGAUUGCUGGAGACACGAUCAAUAAGAAAGUGAAAAUUUGAC